AUGGGGAAGAAAAGAAGGAAGUCCGACGACGACUCUGGCAGCCGCCGGUCGCCGUCUCCCGAGUGCAAAAUGCAGAAGAGCUCUGGGAGGAUCGGCUUCAAAGUGCCUGACCCGCCGAAGCAGAUGACUGUGAAGCAACUCCGCGAGGAGAGGCAGAAGCUGCUGAGCGAGCACUUUGGCUACAGCAACGCGAACAAUCCGUUCGGAGAUCGCCUUCUGGCGGAGCCGUUUGUGUGGAAGAAGAAAAACCAACUUCUGCAGGCCGCGGGUCAGAAAGGCAAGACGACCGUUGCAGCGCUCAUGCACAGCUCCAAGAGCAAAGUGCAAGAAAUCGAGAGCGUCAAGCGUCGCCGCGAAGAGCGAGAAAAGGAAGAGGCGCUCAUGCAGCAGCAGCGCGAAGAGCUGCAGAGAGAGAAGGAGCGGGAGCACUACGCGGACUACGCACAGAAGGAGGAGAUCUUCCACUGCGUCAACCAGCUGCGCAAGACUGAAAUUCGUAUCGAACAGAACCGCGCACAAGUGAUUGAUCUCAUAAUCAAGGGCCUUCGGAUCAUAAAGGGCGAGCGCUUCGAAAAAAUGGAUGUCCUGCCCGUUCCGCCCCACGAGGUCUUUGAAAACUACAAGGAAGAACCGAUGACGGUGGCGAUGAUUGAGGAGUUGAUUGCGGACGUGAAGCUGCACAUCGACACGGAUACGACGAUCGUGGACGUGGAUUUCCAGGAUUUCUGGCGUAGCAUGUUGCUGCUUUCGCGCGAGGCGCUCGAGCGGGCGCAGAAGCGGAAGGAAGUCCUCGACGAGCUGGCUAAGAACAGCGACCCUCGCGUCGCUGCGCAGGCGGCCGUGAGCCUCGCCGACACAGUCUUGCCUCAGAUCCGCGACUCUGACACCGGCAUCGUGCUAGGUGUCGCCCGCGACAUCGAGGCGCUCCUCGGCGGAAAGUCUGCGAAGGAACUCGAGGAGUUGGAGGCGCAGAUCCGCGCCAAAUUCGAAGAGGAAGAUAUCGAUGUCGCCUACUGGGAAGGCAUCCUCAACAAGAUCCCGCACUUCCGCGCCCGAGCUGUCUGUCAGCAAACCUGGCAGUUGAUGACUCAGCGCGCGGCAGAGAUUGAGCGGGAGAUGGCGCGCGAGCGGGCGCUGAAGGAGGAGGAGUCGGCGAGGGCGGGGGAGGGAGACGCGUUGGGCGGUCUUCUGCUUGAGGAGACUGAGGCGCGGAGGCUGGCGCGCGAGCAACAGAUCAAGGAAGACGCGAUUCGGAUGGCGAGGAGUGUGGAGAAGAACGUGAAUCCGAAUGCGGACGGGUCGUUUUCUCCCGAGUUGGAGCCCUACGAUGAGGGCGAAGUCCCCCCGCCGGUCCGCGGGCCCCACAGUCCCGAGCUGUGGCCGUUUGACGAGUUUCGGCACGCGGAGAUCCUCGCGCCGGAGGACGACGACGAGCGGAGGGCGGCGCUGAAGCGGAUUUUGAUCCAGAAGGAGCGGCAGAAGCGCGCGGGAUUCGAAGAGGAGGAAGAAGAGGCGCUCGCGGACGCGCCGGGGGCCGAGGCGGAGGGGGGGGGGGCGGAAGUGCUGGAUCCCGCGGCGAAGGUGACGACCUACGAGGAGUUUGUGAAGAAGGAGAAGAAGGCGGGGUCGCCAGACGAAGAGAUCAUGGCGUCGUCGUCUGAACACAAGUUGAGCAUGCACUACACGUGGGAAGAGAAGUACCGACCGCGGAAGCCGCGUUUCUUCAAUCGCGUGCGCACGGGGUACAGCUGGAACAAGUACAACACGACGCACUACGAUCACGACAACCCGCCACCCAAAGUGGUGCAGGGCUACAAAUUCAACAUCUUCUAUCCGGACCUGAUCGACAAAACCAAGACGCCGACUUGGUUUCUCGAGCCCUCGGACACGCCCGACACCGUCAUUCUCCGCUUCCACGCCGGGCCCCCCUACGAGGACGUGGCCUUCAAAAUCCUUAACCAGGAAUGGCAGACGGAGCGGUUUCGCGGAUUUCGAAACGUCUUUGAUCGCGGCAUCAUGCAGCUCUACUUCUCCUUCAAACGCUACGUCUAUCGACGCUAG